AUUGUCACCAUGCAUUCCACCCAGGUAGUAGUAUACGGACCUCACCGAGGUUCAGCCUCUCGUCUAACAAUAUUGGCUCAAUUGUUUGGGAUCUUGGCUUUCAUCCUCAUGCUGUUUUGGUUGCUGCAUUAUCGUGGCGGUAUUGAAUAUGAUUCUUAUGAUGGUUCUCGUGUUUUUAACGUUCACCCAUUUCUUAUGUUCUGUGGAUUCAUUUUUCUAUCUGGUGAAGCAAUGAUGGUGUACAAGACAGUACAAGCACAACAUUUUGUGCAGAAGGUAGUUCAUUUGAUACUUCAGCUUGCAGCAUUUGUGCUUGGGGUGGUUGGGAUCUGUGCAGUUUUCAAGUUCCAUGAUAUGGCCAAAAUAGAAGAUGUUUACAGUUUGCAUUCAUGGAUUGGCAUUGCCACUAUUUCCUUGUUUGCAUUGCAGUGGAUAGCAGGACUGUUCACAUAUUUGUUUCCACAAACAGAGAAGACAAGGAAAACCCUACUUCCAUGGCACGUUUGUGGUGGCAGGAUAUUGCUAUACAUGUCGAUAGCUGCAGCGCUCACUGGCUUGAUGGAGAAGGCUACUUUCAUGGGCCUGCGCCAUAGCCGUGAAGCUCGUUUGCUCAAUUUCCUGGGAUUAUCUAUCCUCUUGUUUGGCAUAUUUGUUGAUCUCAGUGUUGCCCUUGCCCGAUAUGCCUGAUAAUAAUUUUAAACACCUUGUUUUUUUCUAAUGUGUGUGAUUUUCCCUUUUUUUUUUCUUCUUUUUUUUGAGUGAAUUUAUACUGGAUUGAUAUUGUUAUUCAU